AUGAAUCAUAUGAUACGUGCUUGCCGUCAUCGUAUGGAAAAUGAAGGAAAAAAUAUUUAUUUUCCUAGAGGGCAACCAUUGCCCUAUGGUCUUUGGUUAAGUGCCGCUUCACUUAUCCGUAGUUCAAAAGUGGUUAACAAAUCUGAGCAUGCUGCUCAUUUCAAAAGGGGCCCUAGUCCUCGUCGUGCUAUGGUACAAUCCAGUUCUAUUCGUCCUACCAAUUCCAAAAUGAAGCAAAAAAUGGUUAGGGAGGAAGAAGAUGGUUGCAUGCUACAGUGUUCUUACAGUGCUAUAGUGCUAAUUCCAUAUGAAGUUGUGGCAGACAACACCUCUGCUGGUUUGACACCUCAACCACUCUUACAGCCAUUACUUACCAAAGGGAUAUUUGAUUUUGCCACGGGUCAAGUCCUUAAUCCAGAGUUUGGUAGCUGUUCCAAAUUAGUGAAAAGGCCCUUACCUGGUUUUGAAACUAGCACUAAGUUCAAGUACCGAAAGCUUGGCCCAAUUUUUUUGCCCCCCCAUCUGAUUAAGAUUCUCAGCCCUCGUCUUAAGGCCAAAUACCAGCAACCUGAUAAAGUCCCCAUUCUUACUGAGCUGGAACAAGUUGAGGUCUGUCUGGACCUCUUGUAUCGGAAUGAUCCCCGGAAUCCCAAUGCAGCUGCUGAAUGGAGUCAAUCUUAUCAAAAGGAGAUCGAAUCCUUGUUCCAAGACGUUUGUAUGGCAGACUACACUCUCCCUCUGUCUUUCUCUAGCUUCAUUCCAGUUGGUACUAAGCCUCCUUUGGUAUCCAAAUCUUUGGCAAUAACAUCUACUUGGAAGAAACUACCUCGGCAUUUACAGCUUAAUCAUAUCGUUUCACCUGAGCCUUUGGAACCAAUAUCUGGUGCGAAACGUAAACUGGCAGAAGCAGAUGAGGACUCCCACUACCAACACAAAUCAUCCAAGCUUACUUUGGAAAACCAGAACCUGAGUCCAUUAGAUACUUCUGGUUUGGCUUUUGAGUUUGAUCCAUACUCAUUUUUCAGGGUUCCUGAUUUGGUGUUUUUAAUGGACACAAAGCAUCAGGUAAAUAAAACAAAUGGCUUGGCUAAAAAGUUAGGGUUUUCUAAUAUUUUUUGCAUCGACCCUAUUGGUACAGCAGGAGGGCUAUGUCUUUUAUGGAAUUCUUCUGUGAAUUUGACCAUCAAUCUCUCAGAUAGCUUCUUUAUUGCUUGUUCUAUUACUGGACAGGGCUUCACUUUUGGUCUAAUUUGUUUCUAUCUUAGUACUAAGCAAUCAGUUAGAGAGGGUAAAUCCUUUAAGCAAUCCCUUAGUCAAGCUUAUAUUUUUGUGGGAGAUUUUAAUGAUUGUGUAUCUCCAGAAGAAAAAAAUGGAGGACUCCCGUUUGAUUUUGCUAAGCAUAUCACCUUUCAAGAUUUCAUCAAUGAUCUAUCUAUGCGUAGCCACCCCCACUGCAUUCAAGAACGCUUAGAUCGUUGCCUAGCUAACAUAGAAUGGAUGAAUUUCUAUAAGCAUGCUCAAGUCCUCCAUUUAGAGGAUAUAGGAUCAGACCAUUGUGUUAUGUUGCUUAAUUUCGAUACUAGCAUCAAGAGACCACCCAAACAUUUUCAUUUUGAUAAAAACUGGGUUACUAAUGAUCAAAUUCAAACCAUAAUCAUGCAUACUUGGCAACAACAACAACUCACUGGCUCUUUAAUACAUUUUGAAUUCCAACUCUGUAAGGCAAGAUUACAGGAAGAAACUUUUUGGCGCCAAAAGUCUAGGAAAAUAUGGCUACAUUUAGGAGACAAUAACACAAAAUACUUUCAUGCAUCUACCAAGCAACGUCAUCGAAAGAAUACCAUCAGGGGUAUUAUGGAUUCACAGCAGGUUUGGCAUUAUGAUUCUUCCUCUAUAGAACAGGUGAUCCUUCAGCAUUUUAAAGAACAAUAUGCCACUUCCAUGGGAGACCACAUGUUAAGCAAUUUUAAUCAUACCCUUAUUGCUUUAAUUCCUAAGAACCCUAAUCCUCAAAUAGUAGCAGAUUCCAGACCUAUAAAUUUGUGCUCUGUUUACUAUAAAAUUAUCUCUAAAAUAUUAACUCACAGACUUCAACGUAUGUUGCCAGCUAUCUUAUCUUCUACUCAAAAUGCAUUCACUAAAGGUAGGGCCAUAUCUGAUAACAUUUUGAUUGUUCAUGAAGUCAUGCAUUACUUAAAGACUAAGGCUUCUGGUAAAAACCACUUUAUGGCUUUGAGAUUGGACGUGAGUAAGGCAUAUGAUAGAUUAGAAUGGGGUUAUAUUAAGGCCAUGCUUAUCAAAUGGGGUUUUUGUCAUCACUGGGUAUCUUGGAUUAUGGAAUGUAUUUCUACUGUCUCUUUUCCCAUUCGUAUUAAUGGAGUGAAUCAUGGUUAUUUCAAACCUACUAGAGGAUUGAGACAAGGAUAUCCUUUAUCUCCUUUGCUUUAUGUCUUAUGUUCUGAAGGUCUUAGUCAUAUUAUCCACGAUGCAGCUAUGUCUAAGAGUUUAACUAGUAUUAAGAUUACUCAUAGAUGCCCCUCGAUUACCCACCUUCUUUUUGCCGAUGACACAAUAAUAUUCUCCAAAGCCACUCUUUCUCAUAUCAGUUUUAUUAAAAACCUCCUGAACCUAUAUAGUUUAAUGAGUGGACAACACAUUAACUAUAGUAAGUCCUUUGUGUUCUUUAAUAGGGAUGUUGAGGAGUUCCAAGCUCAAUUAUUUUCAGAUUUUCUAGGGAUCUCACAACAUACUUCUCAAGGAAAAUACAGAGGAUUACCUUUUCAGAUUUUAAGAUCUAAGAAUAGGACUUUUGCUGGAAUAGUUAACCAAAUUGCGACUCGCCUACAUUCCUGGAAACAAGUAUUUUUAUCCUCUGCCGGCAAAGAAAUAUUAAUUAAGGCAGUCGCUACAACCAUCCUUGUCUAUGUGAUGAUGUGUUUUGCUAUUCCUAAAUCUCUCUGCCAUCGUAUCAAUCAGUUAAUUCGGCAAUUUUGGUGGGGACAGCAAAUAGAUGAGAAUAAAAUGUGUUGGAUAGCUUGGGAGAAGUUGUGCCACACUUCUUUGGGUCAUAGACCUUCCAGGGGUUGGAAAAGUCUGAGGUGGGGUUUUCAAUUGCUUCAAAAAGGCCUCCGAUGGAAUGUAUCCACUAGUCAAUCUAUCAAUUGUUUGGAGGAUCUGUGGAUACCUGGUUCCUAUCCUUUUCUACCUCACCGUAUUCACUCAGCCCUCACAGACCCAUAUACUGUUUCCACCUUCAUUAAUUCUUCUUCGCGUUCAUGGAAUCAGCAGCUUUUACAGGCUUAUUUUGAAGCAGAUGAUGUGGCAAAAAUUCUAUCCAUUCCCCUUUCUUAUUGGCCUGACAAAGAUAUCUUGGUUUGGCACUUCCACCCAUCAGGCCAAUACUCUGUCAAAUCAGGGUACUAUGUGGCGUUUCAUCAGCAAUACCGAGAAUUUGAUUCUCUUAUUCCAUCCAUGUCCAAAAAGGAUUGGCAAUUUCUCUGGCAAAUUCCAAUUCCGCAUAAAAUUCAAAUUUUCAUUUGGAGAUGUCUACAUAAUGGUCUUCCUUCAGUAGAAAAUUUGAACUUCAGACUAAACUUACAUCAAAAAUGUGUGUUCUGUGAUCAAGAGGAAUCUGUGGUGCAUAUAUUAUUCCAUUGCGAGCGAGCAUUACAAAUAUGGUUUGCUUCCCCUCUUAGUUUUUGCUUAAAUUGGGAAGCCAGUCAUUCUUUUGUGGUUCAAUGGAAAUCUAUCAUCUCCAGGUUAUCUGCAUUGGGUAAUAUUUCCUCUAUUUCUUUAUUUUGUUUCCACCUCUUGUAUAUUUGGAAGUCUCGAAUUUCUCUUCUUUUUCGAUUACAAACUAUAGUAGUUUCAGAGGUUAUUCUUUUUAGCAUGGACGCACAUCGGGAGUUUGAAGACAGUCUUAAAGGUAAUACCACAUCCCACCCAACUCAGACUUAUGUUCCAAGGAAUCCUCCUUUGUUACCAGCUUUUCCUUUGGAUACUAUUCACAUCACUUAUCAUGCAGCUACUGCUAAGAAUCAUGAUUUUGGGGUGGCUGGGGUAAUAGCAAAAAAAUUUCAACUUCAAACUAUUUCAAAAUUUUCCGUGGUGUUCCGUCAUAUCUGCGAUCCAGGAAUUUUGGAAUUAUUAGUUUUACGAGAAGCAAUGAAUUGGGCUCAAAGCAACAAUUGGAAGAAAGUCUGUUUUAAAGGUGACGCCAUCCAAGUUUCUACUAUUAUAAAUUCAAAAACAUGCACUAAUUUAUUACGGCAAGAUAUUUGUGAAGAUAUAUGGCAUCUACAACAAGCCUUUGACAUAUCGUCCUUCCAUUACAUUCCCCGAUCCCUCAACACACAAAUGGGCACAAAUGAUUCUAUAUCUAGAAAGAGAGGUAGAGGUCCUACUAGAGGAAAGGAGUUACAAAGAUUAAUUGAUGCAGCAAAUAAAAAGCCGGAAAUUGUUAUUGAUCCCAUUUAA